AUGGAAAACACCAACAUUACCAUGAUCAGUGACUUCGCACUUUCACAAGAUGACUACACGAUCAAGGUUCGAAUCAUUCGUCUGUGGAAACAAAUUAGUAUGAUUAGAAUGAUAUUGAUGGACGAAAGGGGCGCCAAAAUUGAAUGUAAUGUGGAUAAACCAUUUGCAUCCCUACAAGGAAAAACUUUGGAAGAAUAUGGUGAUUACUACAUUCUAAAACCCACAAUAAGAUAUUAUAGGAAACGUUUUCCAGUGUUUUCCAUUGGUGGUUUAAAUGAUGGAGAGGCAAUUAUUAACAAUCCUGAUGAUCUUCUCAUUGUUGAUUCGACUAUAUAUCGUUGA